AGACGACACAUGAGUAAGUUGAUAGUGAACUGUUUAGGUGGAAGCUUUCGUAAUCCACGGAACAGUUUUCAGUUUUAUCUGAAAAUGAAGGAAAACUUGUAACGCUGGCAUUUGUGCUGUGUGCAUUAGUUGUCGGGUUUUUGAUGAAUGCAAUGGCCAAUGUUUGAGCCUAUAACGUUUUCCCACGGCAUCUCCUUUUUCUUUACUCAGUCCUGUAGCUGCUAUCGAUACUUAUUCGAGUUUAUUUGACAUAAGAACUGGUUUCCUUUGACCAUCAGAACCAAACGGAACGUCAUCAGAUGGCAGUGCAUGGUGUGUGUGCCUUUGUCGUAAACAACUGGCUCACACUUACGGUUAUGGCUGCAAUAUCAGGUGCUCUGGCAUCGCUUAGCCGACGCCUUUCGGCCCUACGUUACCUGAUAGCUCGAGUCGACAAAAGUUCACAAAUUAACGGUGGAGAUCUUGUUGCCAAGGUACUGAAGCACCAUGGAAUCACUCAGCUGUUUUGUUUAUCCGGCGGGCAUAUAUCGCCUAUCUUGGUCGGAGCGGAGAAACUUGGCAUUCGGAUAGUCGAUACGCGCCACGAAGUGAAUGCGGUAUUUGCUGCAGAUGCUGUGGCCCGACUCACAGGAAAUGUUGGUGUAGCUGCCGUGACAGCGGGUCCUGGUGUAACUAAUACAAUCACGGCUGUCAAAAAUGCUCAAAUGGCUGAAAGCCCGUUACUCCUUCUGGGCGGAGCGGCAGCUACAGUCGCUAAGGGCCGUGGAGCACUUCAAGAUAUCGAUCAGCUGUCUUUGCUCAAGUCCAUCUGUAAGUUCUCUGCAUCAACUGCCACGGUGCGUGACAUAGUACCUACACUCCGAUUGGCUAUUCAGACUGCGAUGUCUGAUACUCCUGGGCCCGUCUUUGUUGAACUUCCCUUAGACGUUCUAUAUCCAUACAACUUGGUUAAACAAGAAGUUGGCAUGAAAAACGAGCCUAAAAACUUCGGUCAGCAAAUUGUAAAGUGGUACCUCGACUUCUAUUUACACAAUCUCUUUGCUGGCGGCUUCGAUGCCACCGCUUUUGGACCACUUCCCAUGUCUACACCUUUAGCAAGCGCUUCUCAGGUGCAAAAAUGCGCUGAAGUGCUGUCGAAAGCCAAAAAACCGGUGUUUAUUCUCGGAAGUCAAGCUACACUAGGUCCGAAAAAAGCUGAAAACCUGAAAGAUGUCCUUGAGGGUUUUGGGGUUCCGUGUUUUUUGGGAGGCAUGUCUCGGGGUUGCCUGGGUAAGGACAGCCCUUAUCAAAUGCGACACUGCAGAAAAGACGCGCUAAAAGAAGCCGAUGUUGUAUUCCUUUUAGGUUCAGUAUGCGACUUUCGACUAUCAUACGGCCGUGUCUUAAGCAGCAAAUCGAAAAUUGUUGCGGUGAAUCGUAACAAGGAGCAGCUAUUCAAAAAUUCCGACGCGUUUUGGAAGCCGACCGAAGCCGUACAAGCUGAUGUAGGCUCGUUCCUUGCUGAUCUCAGAAGAUUUCUUCCCGGCUACAAGUGCGAUUAUUCAUGGGUGAAAAGUCUCCGCGCCAAGGACAAUGCCAAAGAAUCUAAGAACAAAGAAAUGGCUUCGCAACCGGUCGAUAAGUACCUCAAUCCGAUAAAGCUACUCAGUAUUCUCGAAGAAAUGAUGCCCGAUAACACGAUUAUAAUUGCUGACGGAGGUGACUUCGUGGCAACGGCUGCAUACAUCCUUAAGCCACGAGGUCCACUCAAGUGGCUUGACCCGGGACCGUUCGGUACUCUUGGCGUUGGCGGCGGCUUUGCCAUAGGUGCCAAGCUUGCCCAGCCUGACGCAAAUGUAAUUAUUAUCUACGGAGAUGGAUCUGCUGGAUACUCGCUGAUGGAGUUCGACUCAUUCACAAGGCAGAAAAUUCCUGUAACCGCAAUCGUUGGAAAUGAUGCAUGCUGGACACAGAUCCUCAGAGAACAGAUAUACCGACAUGGAGACCGUGCGCCGAUAUCAAUCUAUCCGAAGGACCUGAACAACGUGUCUUUCUGGAGGCGUGGACUUGGUGAACUAACCAAAGAAGGCUGCCGUAUGCACUACAAGCUUGGCACCUACCUUCGUGCACAUUACUCCAAUUUUCUUACUGGCGACCCCAAAGAGAUUUUUGUUCAAAGCUCAGACAAGGAUCGAUGUUUGGACUCCGCUUCGUGCCAUUUGGCUGGCAUGUAUCGUCCGGUUCAGGAACAACGUUUCCUACCGAAUUUUCCGUGGCAACCUGUGCCAGUACAUACCAGACCGAACGAUGAAGACGGACUCCUGGCACCAGGCAACUCUAACUGUCCAGAGGCCGAUCGAGAGUUCGCGGCUUUGAAACACACGGACGAAGGGAGAGAAUUCUUGGCAAAGUAUGCUGAUUUCUAUCGAAAUCUUUCUUUAUGGACUGGGGACAAUGUCACAGAUUGGGAGUCAGCUGCACACGUGUAUGACUGUGUUAUGAUCGAGAGAUUGUACGGACUCCCACAGCCGCGGUGGGCAAUCGACCAUUUCGAUGAUCUUAUGUACCAGCAGGACCAAAGCUUUGUUUGGUUUUCAAAGACGCUUUUACUGCAAAGGCUCCGGGCAGGACCUCUCGCUAAAGAGAUUCUUCACAAUAUAAUCGCAGUCACCGAAAAGCCCACCGAUGUUCGCCUGUACAUGUACUCUACGCAUGAUACUGAAAUUGCUUCUCUGCUGACCUUGUACGGUUUAUUCGACGGAAAAUCACCGAAAUACUGCGCAACCGUCAUUGUUGAGCUUUGGCAAGAUAUAACCUACGGUAACUACUCAGUGAAGAUCCUUCGACUCGAUUACGAGGAUCGGAAGCUCCAACAGGUUUUGCAUGUACCGCUGCCAGAGUUCGAAAGUCGUAUCGCUUCGAAGCUACCGGAAAACUGGGCGCGGGAAUGUGGUAGAAAAGAUACAUUCGUCGUCGACAGUAGAGAUGUGUUCGCUGUGGCGGUUGUAUCGUGGGUGGCCCUGGCGUUCGUCUGCUUGAUCUCGUGCUGCUACUGCUUCUGCGUCCGGGAAUCGAACAGUAAGAAAACCAUUAUGUACCAGCCAUUGCCAACGGAAACGAUCUCGUAACAAGUUUCAGAAGCCAUCAACCCAGACCGCCAGCAAACACUUACGCUUCAAGAUUCACACAUAUCUGUAGCCCAUGCACAAACUUACGUACACUCAGCGUUUCUGGUAAUUUUAUCGAAUACGUCACCAUUAGCUCUGUAUUGAGGAACGGUCGGACAUCGAGAGAACUAGGUGGUAUCUGUAACUUUUUGUGUUUUGUGUCAAUCUGUUUUAAACGAACAAUUCGUAGAAGACCGAACUUCUACUUUUUAUGUAAUAAGUCAAGGAAAUUUAUGGCGUCUUUGCUGGUCGUCAAGUGGAUGGGAUCCUCUAACACAGAAUAAGCAUCAUAUCAAAACUGUACUGCAAUAUAAAUCCAAACACAAAAAUACAAAGAGAAAGGAGAGACUUGACGAAUCAGAAUUACAGUACCUUAGGGAAGCAAUAGGAACGCAUUAGCUAUAAUGUAUAAAUUCCCCAUAUAUGUCUGAAAUCUAGACUUGGAAAUGCACAGCCAUUGAUACUUUACCAAAACUCGGGUAAGAGCUUUUGUUUAAGGCGUUUAGGUAGGUGGUGCGGAUUAUUUGUUAGGUAAAAAAAUGAUUGAUAGCCUUGUUUAAUUGAGUGAAGCGCCUGACCGUUUUUUUUUACCUUUGAAAUCCACGCCAACAAAGCAGUUGGUGGACCCGAAAUAUAUCAACUAGUGCCUCUCUCGGAACAGUUUCAUACGCCAUCCAAACCUCUUUAACAGGAGAAGCGAUACGAAAUAUUUCGUGACCUGAGUAGUCGAAAUAGUUUGCUUACAGAGUCUGUCAAUCCCGCUCUAAGCAUAUACACACCUCUGCAAGGCUAUAUAUGGACGACUGGUAGGAAAAUCUUGUAGAAAGACAACACGACACUGUAAUAUCCGCCGGUAUUCAUCUAUAUAUAUAUAUGCUUGCCGUACUCUGUGUUCAUCAAGCAGUGAUCGUCACAGUAUAGAUACUAAUAGUAACGCAUGACUAGCGAUAGAACAGUCCCGUUUUUCUGUGUGGAAUGCAUAGGAUAUAUGUCAGUUAUCAAGAAUUUGUUCGGUCGUGACGUCGUAUGUUGGCGUCAUGUGCAAUCAUUUUGUCGUUGGAUUGAAAUCAGUUCGUUAAGAGCACAUUGAUUCUUUGUCGACCGUAAAGAAGCUAAUUUACCAUAAGUCAUUUAUCCAUAUAUAGAAAUUAAUUGUUGUAAGUAACGGUAAUGUGGUGACGAAUAGUUACUUAUUACUAACUGUGAUAAGUGGUCAACGUUAUCACCAAAUCUUAUAUGCGUUUAUGUGGAAUGGACCGAUACAAAUUGUAUUGAGUAUCGACAGUCGAAACGCCCGCUCCAGCAUACACUGUUGGUAUAAAUUGACGUCCAUAUUCGAUUAGCUCCGGAAAAGUGUAAAAUGGACAUAGUUAAUUUGGAUGCGAUAAUACGAUGUUAUUAUACAGCAUAUAAUAUAUUAUAUUUUCUAAUUACGUUUAGUUAGUGAUCAUUAGCAAUUCUGCAUACACGAAAACGUGUCGAGCGAACAAGAAGCAGAGUUCUUUCCUGCUCAUUGGUUAUAUGCUAUUGAACCGAUUUGGAGCCGUUUUUUUCGAGUGAUUCCUGCAUUAUGUUUCUGUCCUGUGGCGGCCUGCCACUGAAAAAGAACAAGCUAUUGUGCUUCAAGAUCAGGUAAUAAAUGUUCAUUCAACUUAUCCCAAUACUCC